CAGAGGGUGCCAUGUCAUAGACAGAAGAAACAGUAGAACCAAACUAGGAACGAAGUUCACGCGCAAUGGAGACGAGCACAGCACGGAAGCGCAGCUAGUACGAUUUGAUUCGACACUAAAAUAUGCGGUCAAGAAGAGGACAAAAGCGGCCAAAGACUCGGAAUCAGAGUAGAUUUUAGGUGGCUCUCUCGCACCCCUGUGAGCUCAAGCCCGGCCAAAGAGUCUACUAGAGCCUGAACAAGGUUUCCUAGUUUAUUCUCCACAAAUCAUACUUAUUACUGUCUUUCGUGCAACUCCCGGGCACGCACUUCGACGAAAUUCAUCCAUUCUUACGUACAUGUGCAAACUAGGCCACGUUCAGCUCAUUCCUUUUCGUGCUUUUGCCGAAGCUGUCGCUGUCUGUUUAUCUACUUCUCGAUACGGCGCUGGUAGAUUUCAAUUGGCGGAUGCAGAGCCUGUCGUAGUUUAGCCUGUGGGCGCAGCCAGGGAAAAGGUUCGGAUUGGAGAACGUGCAUGACUUCGUGGGCUAGAUACAGGGCUUGUGGGAUCAAGAACAUGAAGAAAGAACUCAGAUACCGAAUUACAGCCGAGGAUGUCACCGAGGGGAUCGACGCCACAGGACUUAUUGCAAUUGUAACGGGUGGUACAAGUGGAGUAGGAAUAGAAACAGUUCGGGUACUGGCCCUACGUGGAGCAUAUGUGUUCAUAGCAGCUCGCAACUAUGACAAAUAUCUUGCUGCAAAGGAGAAGAUCCUCGAAAGCAACUCCGUUGCUCAAAUUGACUACCUCAACGUUGACCUUGCAAAUCUGGCUUCGGUCCGAAAAGCUGCUUCAGAAUUUCUGGCCACCAAGCUUCCGCUCAAUAUUCUCGUAAAUAACGCAGGUAUCAUGAUGGUUCCAUACCAACUUUCCGAGGACGGUAUCGAGAUGCAAUUUGCAACGAACUAUUUGGGUCACUGGCUGUUCACCAACCUUCUGCUCGGUAAGAUGAAAAGGUCGGCUGAAUCGGGGAUCCAAGGAAGGAUCGUAAAUGUUGCCUCUUCAUUCCAACUGACCUACAAAGGCGGCAUCCGCUUUGAUUCACUGAACGAGAAGGGCGGGUAUAGCCCAUACUACGCCUACGGUCAAUCAAAAAUUGCGAACAUCCUUCAUGCCAAGGAGUUGUCCGCUCAACUGGAGAAAUCCGGGGCUAAUGUGACGGUCAACUCAUGCCAUCCUGGCGCAACGUUCACGAGUCUUCAAAGAGCUCUUCCCAGAUACCUAACUGGUGCUGUCAAGCUCUUCAGUGGAAUUUUGUGGAAGACUCCAGCGCAGGGAGCAGCAACCCAAUGUUUUUUGGCACUGAGCCCAACUGUCAACUGUGUCAGUGGCGAGUAUUUUUGCAAUAUGAAAGUGGCAGAGCCUGUGGAGAUCGCAUCUGACCCUGACCUGGCGAAGAAACUCUGGGAUUACACCGUGAACUUGACAUGCACGGCACAAACAUACAACCCGGAGAGGAGCAUCACUGUCACAGGAGUAUCGUACGAUUUAGGAAAUCUAGAGAGAAGCCAACCGUCAUCGCCGGCUGGUCGAUAAAUAUUUCCGUAGCGAAGAUUUGGAGAGGUGAAGGACGAGCUGGGGACGGUGCUGAGGACUAGAAGACAAACUGCAGGCCAGAGUUACUGGACAUUGUCAAAAAAGCUCCCGACUGAGAGACUUCAUGCCCCAUUAGAGAACUUGACGACAGAACUGCAGGCACAAUUUUGGCGGUGCUUAGAGAGCUCCCAAUGUGGAAACGACUCUCCAUCGGAAGCAGUUUAGAAGUUGAAGAUGUCCAGAAUCAGCUCAGACUUGGUUUACGAAAUCCGAAAAACGUGUGAAUUACUAGAUGUACAGUCGGUUAAGUCGUUAUACGUUUACCUUACAUCGCUACCGUAGUGAAGCUCUAAGAGCCCCCUGUAAGAUGUCUGUGUGCUACACCCCCACAAUGAGGUUGAGUGGAGCCAUGUAAGGAGAUCAAUAUCGGCUCCAGCCCACGAAAAAAGUGUCAUGUAAAUCAUGAUAUAGACUUGAACUGGGGAUUCCAACUGCACAUCAUUAUGCAGAUGGCCCCAGAACAUAGAAUUUCCAAAUGCGAGGAUGGCCUACAACGCCUUGGACACGUAUGAGUCCAUUGUCCUCGCCACUUUUGUUUUACUUACCGAUAUCCAGAAUUGAAAAAACCCAAUCGAGCAAGUAUAUUCC